CGACACUUCCUAACUUGUGCCCAACACUUCACCUAUCCCGGGCCUUUGGAUUGGAAGCUUCUUUCUUUCUUUUUUAUUUUUUUAAACUUCAAGUCAAAGCCUAUCUCCAUGGAGUGAAAGUUGGGGAUUUUGCUGUCCCUUUCAUGUUUUCCUGUUCAAUCCUUCCAGACCUUUCCAGAGAGAAUGGGGGCUGGAGCGCUGGCCAUCUGUGGCUCACGCAGGAAGGUCUGUUCAGGGUGAACGGGAACGCGAAGGCGGUGGAGCGCCUGCGGGUGCAGAUGGAGAGGGGGGCGCCCCUGCCGCUGGGGGCUCAGGGCGAGGAGCAGGUGCGCGUGGCCACCAGCCUGCUGAAGCUCUUCCUGCGCCUGCUGCCCGAGCCCGUGAUCCCCGCCUCGCUGCAGCCCCGCCUCCUCCAGAUCCUGCGAGAUCGCAGCAAUGGUGUACAGGAGACUAGCUUACGAGACCUAUUGAAAGAGCUGCCGGCCAGCCACUACAGCCUGCUGAAGUACCUUUGCGGGUUCCUGACGCAAGUCGCAGCCAACCACGUGCACAAUCGAAUGGACAUUCACAACCUCGCCACUGUAUUUGGGCCAAAUUUCUUUUAUGUGCCAACUGGGAUUGAAGGCAUGAAAGAACAAGACCUUUGCAACAAAAUAAUGGCUGAAAUCCUAGAAAAUUACCAGACCCUGUUUGAAGUAGAGUAUACAGAAAGCGAUAGUCAGCAGUGUGAAAGCCUGCCUAGGCAUAUCUUAGUCAAAGAGGCCAGUUGUCAGAACACUCUAUCCUUCCUUUUCACCCAAGACUUACAAAUGCCAAAGUCAUCUCCCAAAGCCAAGAUACCAAAGUCCAAGAGUGCAGGAUGUAUUGAGACCCGCGGGAUACCACAGCCAGAGCUGUGUCAUGGCGUUCCUCAGCUCAGCCUGCUGCUCAGGGGUAGGAAGCCCCGCUCGAACAACAUGAAUUCACCAGAGGAAGCCAAUGGUGUCAAGUUGGUACACAGUGCUCAUGUUUCCCAGGUCGGCAAUAUUUCCACCACCGGAGAACUCUUGGAAAGAACCAUCCGGUCAGCCGUUGAGCAGCAUCUUUUUGAUGUGAAUAGCUCGGGAGGCCAAAGUUCAGAGGACUCAGAGUCUGGGAUAUCAUCCACGUCUUCCGCUGCGUCCUCCAGACAGCGGAGACGCCCAUCGAAGGAUCCAGAUGAAGUUCGGCAUGGUAGAGAAAAGGGGUUCAUCAACAAAGAAAACAUCCCCUCCAGCUUCAACAGCUUUGAUGAGUGUAUCUUGAACACUCAGGAAGCAGAAAAGUUGCACGAACACACUUCCGAUUAUAUCGGAGAAAGAAGCAGACCUAAACGUCAGAAAUCCAGUUCUAAACUUUCCGAGCUCAAUGAAAAUCAAGAUGGUCUCAAGGAGAUGGAAAAUGUUGUUUCCCCUCGAUCACCGGACCACCCUGGGAUUGAUGGUGUUGAACUCAUGUCCAAUGAAAGCAAAGACAAUGAGAGAGUUGGCAAAGACAGCCAGCAUUGUGAGAACCCCAGCAUGAAGAUCCAGGAGCAUCCCAGCCUCCCGGACGCCAAGCAGCCGAGGAGCCCGGAGCCCGAGGGCCCGCAGGACGGCUUCGUGUCCGAGGGGCCCCCGCCGGACCUGCGGGCGCCGUGUGACCGGGAGAGCUGGGGAGAUCCCGUCCCUACCUUUUCCUCGUGGCAACGGGAGACCGUGGACUCUGAUGAAGCCCGCCUCUCCCCACAGGCUGGACGCCUGAUUCACCAGCUUCUAGAUGAAGACAGCGACCCCAUGCUCUCCCCUCGCUUCUACGCCUAUGGGCAGAGCAGGCAAUACCUGGAUGACACGGAAGUGCCUCCAUCUCCGCCCAACUCCCAUUCAUUCAUGAGGCGGAGGAGCUCCUCUCUGGGGUCCUACGAUGAUGAGCAGGAAGACCUGACACCUGCCCAGCUCACCCGAAGGAUUCAGAGCCUAAAAAAGAAGAUCCGAAAGUUUGAAGACAGAUUUGAAGAAGAGAGGAAGUAUAGACCUUCCCACAGUGACAAAGCGGCCAAUCCAGAGGUUCUGAAAUGGACGAAUGACCUUGCCAAGUUCCGGAAGCAACUUAAAGAUUCAAAACUAAAGAUCUCGGAAGAGGACCUCACCCCCAGGAUGCGGCAGCGAAGCAACACCCUCCCCAAGAGUUUCGGCUCCCAGCUGGAAAAAGAAGAGGAGAAGAAGCAGGAGCUAGUGGAUAAAGCCCUGAAACCCAGCGUGGAAGUCACUCUCGAGUGUAUUCAGCGGAAGCUGCAGGAGAAGCGAGCAGAAAGCAGCCGCCCUGAGGACAUCAAGGAUAUGACCAAAGACCAGAUUGCUAAUGAGAAAGUGGCUCUGCAGAAAGCGCUCUUGUAUUACGAAAGUAUUCACGGCCGGCCGGUGACCAAGAAUGAGCGGCAGGUUAUGAAGCCACUAUACGACAGGUACCGGCUGGUCAAACAGAUCCUGUCCCGGGCCAACUCCAUCCCCAUCAUUGGGUCCCCCUCCAGCAAGAGGAGAAGCCCUUUACUGCAGCCCAUAAUCGAAGGCGAAACUGCUUCCUUCUUCAAGGAGACAAAGGAGGAAGAUGAGGGGUCGGAGGAGGACAGCAACGGGAAGCCAGACUUCACCGUCACUCUGAAGACGGAGUUCAGUGCACCUUGCUUUCUGGAUCCAUUUGAAGAUGAUCCCGAUGGGUUCAUUUCCCCAAUGGACGACAAAAUACCAUCCAAAGGCAACCCAGACAUGGGGCUGUCCAAUCUCCAUGCUGCUUCCAUCCCUGAGCUCCUGGAACACCUUCAGGAAAUGAGAGAAGAAAAGAAGCAGAUUCGAAAGAAACUUCGUGAUUUUGAAGACAAUUUCUUCAGACAAAAUGGCAGAAACGUCCAGAAGGAAGACCGCACUCCAAUGGCUGAAGACUACACUGAAUACAAGCACAUCAAGGCGAAGCUUAGGCUGUUGGAGGUCCUCAUCAGCAAGAGGGACACGGACUCCAAGGCCCUGUAAGCGCCAGUCCCAGGCCAGCCCGGGGCUGGGGAGCGGGCCAGCCCCAGAGCCGGACCCGCAUGCAGCCCCUCUGCCUCCAGCCACCUCCAUCAGCUCCACUCCCAUUGCCUGCCUUAGGAAACCCACGUCGAUGGAAGACAACAGUGUGGCGGACUGAAGAAGACACACCAAGAUCCCUUCCCCCGAGCACGCCUAUUGCAGUGUGCGCAUGCACGUUGUCGUGGGAGCCUCACCCCGGACACCCCCAUUUCUGGAGAGCAGAUGCUGCUCUUCCCUGGCUGGCUGAGAAACGCGGAGCCGCUGUGCGCUACCUUAACUGUGAUCCAAACCAGCUCAGGACUUGCCUGGAGAGCGAACUCACUGUGGAGACGGUGCUCUCCCGGGACCCCGCUCCAUGACCGUAGAUCGGAGCCCUAUCUGCUGCCUUGGCCGUUCUAGUGACGUUUCCCCAGAGCUUCCCUCCUCCCACUCAUGUGAACUGCCCUCCGCGGGGCUCUCAGGUUGCCCGAGGCCGCAUCUGCCCACAGCUGGCUGUGUACUCAUCUCUUGGAGGGAUUCUCCAGGCCUCCCUCGGCCCACAAACAUUUCAAUGCCUGACCUAGAACUCAAUGUGUACACAAGGGAGGGCUUGUAGUCCCUGACGGAUGCUGAUUUUCAAACCAGGGGACAGGCCAAGAGCCUGAGACUGUUUCCUGCACCUCCUCGCUCCCGUGCUAACCUCUCACCAAGCAAGCAAGGCCAGCAUGCCUCUGAUACCUUUUUUGUGCCACCAAACCUUAAAGGAUCUUGCUCAAUUCUUAGCUGCAAUGGAGAGGGUGAUAAGAGAGAAGGAGACUCUAUUUUCAGCUUCCUGAAUACUUACCAGUUUAAUUUUUCUAAAAAAAAAAAAAAAAAAAAAAAAAAAAGAAAGAAAAAAGUAAAUAUGCACUAAAGUCCCCAAAUAGACAGGUAAACGUAGAAAUGUAGCCCUCAAGCUCAGCUCCAGGCAGAAUCUAAAUGACACUACUUUCAAGUUCAUGUAUAGCAAGAAUGAAAAAAAAAAAACAAACCACUUCACCAUGUGGCCAAUUUUGAUUGUAUGUUUUAUAAAGACUGCGGCACAAAGCUGUCUAUAUUAGACAUUUGGGAGGGUCCAGGGACUUUAAGUCACCCGAUCAUUUGGUCUCUUCCAUGUGCUUGAAGUCACCUUGCGGUCUGCUGUUUCACCUCCUGGAACGUUGUGGGCUCAGGGUCCGCCUCUGCGGGUCUCGUGGGGGAGGCAGAAGCCUCUCUGCCUGCCAGCCCAGAAAGUGUCUCAGCAAGCUUACAAGUACAGUUUUGUUUUAAUACAAAAAUAAAAAAGAGGCAGUGGAAGCGUGGCUCAAGUGGUAGAGGACAGACUGGAGAAAAAGUCAAGAGCCCCAAAGCCCUGAGUUCAAGCCCCAGAACUGACACCAAAAAAAUAGAAGG